AUGUCGUCCACCAGCAACGCCUCCAUUGACAAGUUCAACGGAGACAAUUACGCAACGUGGAGCCGGUACAUGCGCGGUGUGUUUUUGACGAAGUCCGUCUGGCACGUUGUCAACCGUGAAGUGACUCCGACUUUCACCGACCCGCGAGCGUCCGAUGACUACGUCAAGGCAAGCAACGUCGCGUUUGGUAUGAUGCUGCUGCACAUGAACGCGGACUACCAUCAUGUGCUGGACAACUGCGAGGAAGCCUGGGUUGCGUGGACAAGUCUGAAGACGCUGUACGGUGGGUCGCAGAAGGCAGGACGCAUCUACCUCAAGCGACAACUUUUCAGUAUCAAGAUGGCUGAAGGCGCGAACGUCAUGCAUCACUGCAACGAGGUCCUUAACAUCUCCGCCAAGCUUAGCGGCAUCGGUGCGAAGAUGGAAGACGAAGACGUUGCAAUUUGUCUGCUACUCAGUCUUCCGAAGAGCUACGAAAAUGUGGUGCUCAACAUGGAAAUGAGCAGCACCGAGCUUCGCACUCAAGAUGUGGUGAGAGUCCUGACGAAUGAGCAUGCCAAGCGUCAAGGAGCAAAAGGGACAACGACAGCGACUACGGUGAAGGCUGAAGAUGCAAGCAAGGCAUUCAGCGCCGAGCGUGAGCCCUACCAAUGCACGUAUUGUGGCAAGGUGGGACACACGGUGGAUCGUUGCUGGACAAAGCAGAAGAACGAAGGCAAUGGCUACGAUCGAGUGGCGUUUGCAGUCUCGUUCGAAUGUGGAGUUUCGACGAGCAAGGACGUGUCUGGAAUGGGGGCCGUCGACAGUGGUGCAACGCACCACAUUUGCCACGACAAGACCAAGUUCGCAAGUUUGGCAGAGCGCAAUGAGGGCGAACUCUUGGUGGCUGAUGGCAACAAGGUGGCCAUCAAGGGUGUGGGAACCAUCAUGGAAAAGGUGGUUCUGCCCAACGGUGAAGAGCGUGAGAUCGAAAUCUAG